AUGUCUAUUGAAAUGAUGAUGGAUACUAGUAGUGCUGCCUCUGCUGAAUUGAAUAAUAUGCAACAACAACAAGAACAACAACUUGAUAGAAAUUAUUAUAUUCAAUUCUAUACGCAAAAGCUGUCAGCAAUGGCCAUUGAGAGACAAAUUUCCUCUCUUUCUCAUAUUGAACAACUUUUAAAUUAUCAGACCGAGUUGGUGCCACAAUUAAUUCAUACAGAAUUAAUUUCAUCAUCAUCAAUUUCAUCACUCUUGACGGAACCUUGUCUAAAGUGCUUGAAAUCACUUUUAUUCAUAUUGACCACAACCCAUAUUCUUAUUCAACAACAAGAAAAGAAGGAUUUGCAAAUUGUUGAACAAGGAAUGAUUCAUAACGAACAAGCCAUUCUUGCCUAUUUUCUUGAAGCUGGAUGUAAAACAAAUACAGACAUGAUUAAUUGGUUGAGAAAGAUUCAAGAAAAGUCACAAAUGGCUCAGCUCGCACCAGAACAACAACAAGAGGAAGCUAAGAGAUGGUACCAAGUUUUGGAAAGGUAUUUUGAACCUGUUUUAUUCCCUGAACUUUCCGAAACUUUUGUGAAUGCUCACACUAGACCAUCCAUGAAUACAUGUUCAAUUGCUGAAGGUAAAGCAGUGGAUUUUAAUGUGGAUAAGAAGGCUUUUAUUUUCAUGUUGUACGAAUUUGUUGAUGCCAUUCACACAAUUUUGAAGAUUAGAAAAUAA